AUGACUGUGAACUAUAACCUUUCUGUUUCCACUUCUCGUCCAUGGACAUUUAUUCGGCUUUUCUUCAGGGCUUUUACCAACCUUGUCGACUUCACUAACCCUCGCCUUUCGUACGUUCCACUUGAUUUGAUGCUCGGAUUUUUCGUGGCUGGCGUCUUGAAACGAUUUUGGUAUCUCUACAAUAUUAUCGGAUUUAUGGACAAUAUCGCCUUGAUGACAGCACUGUACGUGCGCGGAACGGCCGAAAGAGCUCGUCAAUACCGUCGCAAUAUUGUACGAUACUGUCAGCUUACACAGGUUCUCGUCUUCCGUGAUCUGUCAAUGAAAUGCCGCAAGCGGUUUCCGACGCUCGACACCGUUGCCGCAGCUGGAUUUAUGAUGCCCCAUGAGAAGGAGAACUUCGAUGGAAUACAAUACAAGUAUAACAAGUACUUUUUGCCGUUCAACUGGGCAUGGGCACUGAUCUACAAAGCAAGACAGGAGGGACUGAUUGAGAGUGACUACUAUGUGACUGUUCUUUCCGAGGAAGUGAAAAAAUUCCGUACUGAUCUGGCAUGGUUGUGCAAUUACGACUGGGUACCGUUGCCGAUGAUUUAUCCGACGAUUGUCUGUUUAGCAGUACACACCUACUUUUUAGUAGGAGUAAUCGCUAGACAACAUGUUGAGGGACCAGCUCACAAAGACGAAAUCGAUAUGGUCUUUCCGUUCAUGACCAGCAUUCAGUUUGUCCUCUACAUGGGAUGGUUAAAGGUGGCCGAGGCUCUGCUCAACCCAUGGGGUGAAGACGACGAUGACUUCGAGACGAAUGUGCUUAUCGACCGAAAUUUAGCGAUGGGCCUAAAAAUUGUCGAUGAGGGUUACGGUCGAACCCCUGAGCUACGAAAAGACGCGUUUUGGGACGAUGAAUGGGUUCCAUUGUAUUCAGAGGAAAGUGCUUGGGAGAAGAAGUACACUCAACAUGAAGGAUCG